AUGUGCAAAUUUGGAGCUUUCGUGAUCGGAAUCUUGUUUUUGACAGGAGUUGAUCGGGGGAAUUGUCUAGUCACUACACAAAACCCAACUAUUGUUCCCCCUUGCUAUGAAUGUUUGUUGCGUCAUGAAAGCAAGCAACCUGAAUCGAAUCAGAUUUUGGGUGCAUGCCCGUCCACCUGUACGUGUCCAAAUGGCCAGUCAGUAGAUACAAAACCGGUGUGUUCACCGGGGGUUUCGAUUAUUCGAGACGGGUGCGAAUGUUGCUGGAUUUGUGGUCGACAAGCAGGCGAGAGUUGUUCUUUGCGAUACAAGUGCGAUCCUGCAGAAAAACUGCAUUGUUUUUAUGAGUCAGCACCAAAAGAUUCAUAUGAAGGGCGGUCAUCGAAUAUGGCUACAAGGAAACAAUUGACGCUAUUCCCUUCUCAUGGUGAGGACACGGGUGUUUGCUGGAAGAUCAACGGACGCUCGUGUUACCUCAACAACACGUGGUUGGCACACAGUGGUGUACAAAAGUCCGGCUGCAGGCACCAAUGUGUCUGUAUAGAUGGGACGCUACUCUGUACGGAUGUGUGCCUUCAACAAGAGCUUCGUCGUCCACCUGAUGCCUUGUGCGAUCAGCCGGUCACUGACAGCGGAGAAAUGAUGCAGCUGAAGCUAAUGCCUCCAGGACCAGGAGAAUGUUGCCGUCGCUGGAUGUGUGUAACAGUUGUCAAUCCAGAUCGAAUGGAUGAUGAGAUUCCAAAACCGAAUGGAGCUAGCGCACUCAAUUUUCAGGCACGUGCCCCUUGUAGCAAGCAGAAGAGAGAAACCUCAUUGUGGAGCGUUUGCAGUCAGCAAUGCGGUUUAGGAGUUUCGGUCCGAUGGACCACAGAAACUUACGACUGUCAGAAUGUGACGCAGUUUCGUUUAUGUUUCUGGCGCCCAUGUGAAAGAGUACAAAUUGAUUCCAACAAACCGUUUGUGCCGACACUCAAAUUUAUCCGACCUGCUUUUCUGAAGUUCACAACACUCAGUGGCGAUCCAGCCAAUCCCAGCCCAUUGCGCGAAGUAGAACCAUCGAAGACGGUGUCCGGAACAAGUGAGGACAAAAGUGUAGUUGUCUGCCAGUUGGGUAGAGCCUUUCGUCCACGGUUUUGCAACUGGCCUCCUGACGCUGGUCAGUGUUGCUGGCCUAGUCAAGUGAGGACAAAGCGUUUGCGGUUCCACUGUUCCGGAGGAAAAAUUGUCUAUCAUUUUUUUGAGUGGAUACAAACGUGUCGAUGCACUCCGGUUCCGUGUGAAGUACUGUUUGUCGACAAAUUGUCCACUAUCCAAGAACUGACCGCGUAA